AUGUCUUUCUGGGGAAUUGAAGUAAAACCCGGAAAGCCCGUUACUCAUUCUUUCGAAAAAGUGAAAAGGCGGCUACGGAUAUCCCAGGCAACACUGGGUAUCGGAACAGCGGUGAAGACAAGUUUAGUCCAGUGUAACGUAGGAAAUAAAACUCCAGUUUUCAUAUGUGCUUUGCUGCCUACAAAGACAGAAUCAUUGCAUUUGGAUUUGGAAUUUGAGGAAGCGGAGGAUGUAACUUUUUCUGUCAUUGGUCCUCGGAGUGUUUACCUCACUGGUUACUAUGUUGGCAACAGCCGUCAUUCAGCUCUACUUAGCAAAAGCGAAUCAUUCGGUGAGGACAUUGCAAACAGUGAGACAGAACGAUCUGUUCAUGACAGCGAUGAUGAUGAGUAUGACGACAGCUUUAUUGAUGACGGUGAUCCAGAAGUUUUCCCACCCUCUCCUGUUCAGAGUGAUGGAGAUACUGAGGACUUAGUCGAUAAUGACAACGCAGACAGGAAAGGCGGUGGGCGGCGAAGACAAAAGAUUAUACUGAGUGAUUCGGAAGAUCAAACUUCUUCUCCCGAGAAUGAGGAUGAAGACAGAGUUCCAUUGUCUGCAUUGAUAAGAAAAAAGGCUGUGAAAAAUGGCUACGAAAUGGAAGAAAAGACCGAAGAUCGAACAGUUGGAAUAAAUGAACAUAUUAAUACAACAUGUUCUCCUAGUUCUGCCCCUAAGGGAAAAGUUGAUGCUGCUACCUUGCUUCAGAAACCAAACAGUGAACUUAGUUCUCCAAAGAAGACUAAAUCAAAGAGGAAAAGAAAACGAGAGCUCGAUGGACACGAAGAGGGUGUUGACAAACAGAGCAAAGUGCUGCAAACAAAGGCUGAGGAUCAAAGCCAGCACCAAGAUUCACUUCAGCCAAGCGAUGCUAACCAGAGAAUAACUGCAUUGGACAUUGAUGGCGAGACUCCCCGACCAAAGAUGGAUGGCCCAAGCUCAAAGAAAAGGAAAAAAGGCGUGAAGGAGAAAUCCAAUGGGAGUAUUGAGACUGCACCUAAUGGUCAGUUGAAGGGAAAUACAGCAGCGGUUGGCAAAGAUGUCAAGAAACUGCCUGCACCUAUUUUAAAAUAUAAGAAACCAAAUACCGACACAAAGACAAAUUCUGAUCUUUUACCUGAGGGGUCCCGGCUGGAGGAGCCUAAAAAGAAGAAAAAGGACAAGACCAAGAAGAAGAACAAAGAAGACGUGAAUGUGUCCCUUUCAUCUGGUAAUGAAUCUGGAAAACCAUCAGAGUCAUGUCAGAUGAGAAGCUUGACAAAUGGAUUAGUUAUUGAGGAGUUGACAUCUGGCAACCAAGAUGGAAAGGCAGCUACUCUGGGGAGAAAGGUAAAAGUUUAUUAUACUGGCAGAUUGAAGGAGAGUGGGCGUGUGAUUGACUCUAACAUUGGCAAAGCUCCCUACAAGUUCCGUUUAGGAGAUGAAGAAGUUAUAGGGGGGUGGAAUGUUGGCAUUGAAGGAAUGCGGGUUGGUGAUAAGAGAAGACUCACAGUUCCACCAUCACUGGGAUAUGGGGAACAGGGAAAUGGUGAAAACGUGCCACCUAACUCAUGGUUGGAGUUUGACAUAGAGUUGGUUCGUGCUCAUUGA